AUGUCAGAAUACUGGGUCUCGAAGAAGCAGUACUGGUGCAAGUACUGCAACAUGUUCAUCCGCGACGAUGCGGCGCAGCGGAGCCUCCACGAAACUGGCGAGAAGCACAAGGGCAACUUGCAGCGCUUCAUCCGCGGCCUGUACAAGGGCGGCGAGCGGGAGAAGCGCGAGAAGGAGGCAGAGAAACGGCAGUUCGAGCGGAUCGAGGCGGCAGCGAGGUCCGCCCACUCGUCGGUCGACGGCGCGCGGGGCGCGUACGGCGGCCGGCCGAUCAUCGACCGUCCGAUUGCGUCGUCGUCUAAACCACGACGCGAUAAGCCAAGUGGGGAUAAGUGGGCGAAUUACUCUACGGCGGAGCAGAUGGGCCUCGCGGACGAGGAGGGGCCGAGCGCAUAUGAGAUCGAGCAGAUGGUGCGGGGGCGAGGGACAAAGGUCGGGCAGUGGGAGGAGGUCGUUGAUACCCCUACGCCUCCGCCAGUAGAAGAGAAAAUACCUGAGACCGAGGAGGAGGAGCUCGCCAACUUCAAGAUCCAGGCUAAGCGGCCACACCGGGAUGUGUACGAUGACGACGAGGUGGAUACGGGGGCGGUUCUGGGAUUGAAACUCAAGAACAAGGAGCGCAAGAUUGAGGAGGGGGAUGUGAAGGGGUUGAAGGAGGAGGAGAGGGGAGGUGCGGGGUUCAGUAAGAACGGGUGGGGGAAGGCAGAGGUGAAGAAGGAGGUCAAGGAGGAGGUCAAGGAGGAGGUCAAGGAGGAGGUCAAGGAGGAGCCUGCGGAUGGCACGGAGGUCAAGGCCGAGCCCGACGCCGAGGCCGUCAACGGCGACUUCAAGACCGAACCUGGGAAAGACAAGAAGUCUGAACUCGACGCAACCCCAGUUGCACCCGAACCGCCAGCACCAGCACCAGCCGCAUCUGGCGCCUCAAUGUUCAAGAAGCGCCGUCCACCACCCUCCUCCCGCAAAAAGUAG